UAGGACCGCUCUUCGGUUUGGGAGCGUAUACUGUCGUUCAGUGCGCAUCCCUCGCCGCCGCCGCGCCCUCGCAGCAGCCAGCCGCCAUGGCGCCGCCGGCAAGCACCGACGAGCCCGCGCGUCACAAGAAGACCAAGAAAUCCAAGCUCGAUAAGGAAGAGAAGAAGCAUAAGAAGAGGAUCCAGGAGCGUCCCGCCACGGAGGACGCCCAUGCCCCCGACGCCGCCGAGCGCAAGAAGCGGAAGCACAAGGAGGAGGGGCGCGAGGAGAAGCGGGGCGGCAAGAAGUCCAAGAAGGAGGGGAAGCACGAAGGCAAGGCUAUGGAAGCGGAGGCCGCCGAUGCGGGGAGGGACGAGAGGAUGAGGCGGGCGAUGGAGGACGAGCGGUUCGCGGCGGCGCGGACGGACCCGCGGUUCCGGCCGAUGCGGAGGAAGGAGGCCAAGGUGGCGCUGGACUCGAGGUUCAGCAGCAUGAUGACGGACCCGAGGUUCGCCUCGUCGGCCGCGCCCGUGGACAAGCGCGGGAGGCGCCGCAGGAAGCGCGAGAACCCCUUGCUGCAUUACUAUCUCAACCAAGAGGAGGAGGACGAGGAGGAGGAGGGGAAAGAGAAGGGGAGGAAGGAGAAAGCGAAGCUUGUUGAAGAAGAGGAGGAAGAGGAAGCGGAGGAUCAGGAGGAAGAGGAGAGCUCUAGUAGCGAUGAUGACGAGGAUGAAGACAUGGAUGACGACGACGAGCAGUACUCUGUUGGCAGUGACAUUGCUCAUUACUUAAUGGGAAGGCAUGAUGAUACACCUAUGAUUGACAAGGAAACUCACAGGCUUGCUGUUGUUAAUAUGGAUUGGGAUCAUAUCAAGGCAGUUGACCUGUAUAUGGUGAUGACUUCUUGCCUUCCAAAAGGCGGGCGAGUUUUAUCCGUGUCAAUCUAUCCAUCAGAAUUUGGACUGAAGUGCAUGGAAAUUGAGUCAACACAGGGCCCAGCUGCUCUUGUCAAUGCCAAAGUUGAUGAUAAAAAUAGUGAUGAUGAUGAAGAUGUCAAGGAUGAUUACAAACACAACACUGAUGAUGACGGUGGUGAAGACAACACUGAUGAUGACGAUGAUGAAGAUAGCACUGAUGAUGACGAUGAUGAAAAGGAAGUUGACUCUGACAAAGAGAACAACAAGCUACGUGCUUAUGAGCUUAACAGACUGAAGUAUUACUAUGCAGUUGUUGUGUGUGAUUCUAGUGCAACAGCAAAUCACCUGUACAUGACUCUUGAUGGUACUGAGUUCUUGAAAACAGCAAAUGUGUUUGAUUUGCAGUUUAUUCCUGACUCUAGGGAGUUCAAACAUCCUGCUAGGGACGUCGCUACAGAGGCACCUCCGAGUUACAAGGAACCUGAUUUCGAGACUCGUGCUUUGCAACAUAGCAGAGUUAAGCUCACCUGGGAUGAUGAUGAACCGGAACGUAAGAAAGUCUUGAGGCGAAAGUUCACUGAUGAUCAGCUAGAUGACCUUAACAUGUAUUUAGCAAGUGACGACAGUGCAUCAGAUGAGGACGGUGUAGACAAUUCUGAUGAUGAGUCUCUACCAAAUGGGGGAUCCAAACGGAAGCUAACAAAAGAGGAGAGGUUGGCUAUUCUACUGCAAGGAGACAAAUCUGAUGAGGAGCAAACUGAUGGCCAGGAUAUGGAGAUUACAUUCAACACGGAGCUUGAGGAUCUCAGUAAACGUAUCGUAGAGAGAAAGAGCAAUGAGGAAAAGACCGUCUGGGAGAAGCACCAAGAGAAAAUGAAAGAGAAAAGGAAAGCUAGGAAGAGGGGACUAAAGGAUGAUGAUGACAAUGAUGACCACAGCAGCGAAGAUGAGCCUGAUGAGGAUGAUGAUUUCUUCGCAAAUGAACAGUCUGAUGAAGAACCUAAACCAAGCAAAAGCAAGAAACACAAGUCAAAGGCAAAAGAUAAAGGAAAGAGGAAAGGAAAGGAUGAUCACACAGAGGAGCAUUUGGAGCGAGAAGCAACCAAAGAAGAGUUGGAGCUCUUGGUUGCUGGUGAUCAGGAUACUGCCAGUGGUGCCAAGGGUUAUAACCUGAAGCGUAAAAAGGGUAAAAAGGGCAAGAAGGGCAAAGAGGAAUCUGUUGAGGACAAACUUCCUGAUAUUGAUCUUAGCAAAGAUGAUAGGUUCUCAGCAAUGUUCACGUCUCAUUUGUUCGCACUGGAUCCUACUGAUCCCCAGUACAAGAGGAGUGCGGCCUUCAUGCGGAAGCAAACUGGGAAGCCAGGGGCGCAUGCAAGCAAAGCAGAGGGAUCAUCUCUGGGAGGCACAUUGCCACCUGAUGAUGCAGCUGCUAAGAAUAACGAGGAUCAGAAACCUGAUGGGACAUCCACAGAGAAGCUGCAAAUUUUGUCUGCUGUAAAGUCUCUCAAAAGGAACCUUGGUGCUUUCAAAAGCGCAAGUACAGGUCACCGAUAGAAAAUUCCUUUUGCUGGCCAUUGCUUGAUUAGUGAAAUCCCUGGGGAUAAAAUGGUUUUGAUUUGUAGGCUGAAAAAUUGUUUCAUGGUUUAUGCUUCGUACUUCUAUAGACAUGCGUCCAAUUUUUAAAUUUCAGUUUGUACACUAUUUAUCCAGUUGGACGAUUGUGUUCAUUUCUGGAAUUAUGGUGAGAUAAUCCACUUGAAAGUUUCUUGAGUGCCA